AUGGCUCAGUUGUACGAUCAAUACGUUUACAAGAUUCUUGUUUUUUCAAGGCCCGUUUCUGCCUACGCUCUGUUUUUCCGGGACAGGCAAGCAGCCAUCAAAGGUCAGAAUCCCAACGCUACCUUUGGAGAGGUGUCCAAGAUCGUGGCCUCGCUGUGGGACAGUUUGGAUGCUGACCACAAAAAUGUAUAUAAAAAGAAAACUGAAGCUGCCAAAAAAGAAUAUUUGAAAGCAUUGGCUGCCUAUCGUGCCAGUUUGGUGUCAAAGCAGGCUGCUGCAGAUCAGUCUGAUUCACUGUAUGGCUCUAUGACUAGUCCUAAUAGUACUGUCUCUUCUGGAGCUUCAUCAUCUCCGGAUAGAGGACAAAAUCUUUCUCCAAUUCAGAAGAAGUCUCCUUUGCUUUCGUCAUUGAUGGAAAAUGCACCUUCUCCGGUUAUGACUACGAUGAAUGCCGUUUCACCGCCGCAUUCAUCUGUCGUAACAAGCCAGGUAUGGGCUAUGCCAAUAUCACCUACUGCAGCCAUUCAUCAGAGCUCACCCAUGGUUCAGACCAAUAUGAUGGAUGUGUCAACAUCGAAUAUGACACAACAAAUCUCGUCUCCACCACUGAUGCAGUCGUCACAAGUAAUGCAAGCAGUUCAAAAUAACAAUAACAACUUGAAUCAGUCAAUUGCUAAUUCUCCAUAUACACAAAAUAUGGUGAAUUCACCAUCUCCACCACAUAUACCACAAAGCAGUAACUUGUCUCAGCUUCCAAUUAGUCAGUCUCCCUUACAAACUUGUCUCCGACAUGGUUGUAAUAAUCCACCAAUUGAUUCGCCAGACUGGGACAGAGAGUAUUGCAGUAAUGAAUGUGUCGUUUCUCAUUGUCGGGACGUGUUUACCGCCUGGGUAGCCUCUAGACAGGCGGCUAACAGUUACGCUUCCGUGAAAUAAGGCGGAAGCCGGGUCGAGGACGACGUAAAUAUACGCACAGGAGACACCGGCGAAACGGUAAAAACGUCGACGACGGAAGGAAGAAGGCCGCGAAGAAGGAAACGGAUGGUUAACGCCGGGAGAGAAGAAAAGGCGGUACGAGUUACGACCCGAGAAAUUUCUAUCGACAAUUAUUUUCUAACCGUUCGCUCGUCCCGGGAAAACGUUGUGCCCGUUAGUCGGUCGGUCCGAAACGUAAUGGAAAAUGUAGACGACGCCCGAAAGAGAACUUUGCCUGACUUCGGACGUCUGCCCUUUGGACCUCCGCGGGUCGUUCCCGGCCCGGACGAAAGGCUAAUUAGUUUUGGGCAUAGACGUCUUUUAGUGACGGCGUUAGCUACUUAGUCCUCUUUCACGUCGUAUUCACCGAGCACGAAGUUAGUGGGAGAAGCGCGACUCGUGCCCAUCUCCUCCGCCGCAAUUAUUCCAUUUCGUUUCCAAGUAGAAAACUCGACUUUCCGGUCGCCACUUUUACCGUUUGUAUUCUUCUUUUUAGUUUUGUAAAUACCUGGCCGACCGUUUUCGCCGGGAAACUCGACUUUUUGCGGGAAACGACCCGCGCACGUCGAAACGUUUAUAUAUUUGGAGAUGUCGUGUCCGUUCUGUAUUCCCUAUUUAAAUAAAAAAAAAUUGGAAUUUC